CCGAGAGAAGUUUCCAGGCCCGCGUCCCAGGGUUUAUUAAGCGCCGGCUGGUCUGGUGGCCAUAGCAGUGCUGGCAGCGGGCCUGGGAGGACGGUGGCUGGCUGGUCUCGGGAAGGCCGUGCAGACAAGGCCUCUGGGAUUCUGUGGGUCCAGCUAGGGCUCUCGCCUUUGGGGACCCAGAGUGUGUGUGUCUGGGGGUGCCGGGAUCCCGGCUGGCUGAGCAUCUGUGUCUCUGGGUAACGGAUGGUGCAUCUGAGAGCGAGGAAGUGAGCUUGGCAGGCCAGCCCAGCCUCCUCACCUUGCUGUGUGACCUUGGCCAGGGGGCACCCCUCUCUGAGCCCCUGCAGCCCCGCAGCCGCCAUGGCUGACGGACAGAUGCCCUUCUCUUGUCACUACCCCAGCCGCCUGCGCAGGGACCCCUUCCGUGACUCCGGGCUGUCCUCCCGCCUGCUGGAUGACAACUUCGGCAUGGACCCCUUUCCCGACGACCUGACGGCCCCCUGGCCCGACUGGGCGCUGCCUCGGCUCUCCUCCGCCUGGCCCGGCAGCCUGAGGGCGGGCAUGGUGCCCCGGGGUCCCUCGGCCGCAGCCAGGUUUGGGGUCCCCGCAGAAGGCAGGAGCCCCCCACCCUUCCCCGGGGAGCCCUGGAAAGUGUGCGUCAAUGUGCACAGCUUCAAGCCCGAGGAGCUGAUGGUGAAGACCAAGGAUGGCUACGUGGAGGUGUCUGGCAAACAUGAAGAGAAGCAGCACGAAGGGGGCAUUGUUUCCAAGAACUUCACCAAGAAGAUCCAGCUUCCUGCAGAAGUGGAUCCUGUGACAGUCUUUGCCUCGCUUUCCCCUGAAGGCCUGCUGAUCAUCGAAGCUCCCCAGGUCCCCCCUUACUCGCCCUAUGGAGAGAGCAGUUUCAACAACGAGCUUCCUAAAGACAGCCAGGAAGUCACCUGCACCUGAGUCCCCAGCCUUGGCCCAUCCUCGUUCCCUCCCCAACCUCGGGGCUUCUCUGAUUCCAGGGGACAUGACUGUAGUUGAACUCCAUAAAUUUAGUGAUACUGAAAUGCUGGGGUGGGAGGGGGAUGAAAGUGGAUGGAUCAGAGUCCCUGAAUAGUGUAGUGGUAGUUUCUUUUUCCCCCACAUGAUGGCGCAACUGGCAAGCCAUGCUUGGUUGCAUUAAGUCAAGAUGCUGGAAGGUGUUUUUCUUUUUUUUUUUUUUCCUUGAUUUUUUUCUGUUGUCAUGAAAACAUUGCACGUGUUGCAAAACAAGUCAAAGGGGACAUGGCAUUUCACAUUGCAUCUUAACUUGCAGCUCUUGCAAGGGAUAUUUUUCUCUGGGGACCUCCCUGAUCCCCGACCCCGAUUCCUGAUGGAGAAUCUGGGUUUGCAUGCCUACUCCAUAGUUUGGUGGAGGGAGCAUGUUAGCUCACCCUGUUGAGUUUCUAUAGCCCUGACCUUCCCGGGGUUAUCCACAGGUCUCCCAUCUCAUGUGGGAUUAACCCAACUGUCACAUGAAGACAGGCACCUACGUUUCUCUGUUUCUCUAGCAUGUUCCCAACUGCACCUCCUCCCCCCACCCCAGGACUCUGCAAGACCCUCAGUUGAUUCUUUGGCUGAAGCCCUCCCUUUCUUGUGUCCAAGUCAAAAUUUUUACAGAGGGGGCUGUCUCUGCACAGCUCCACCAGGAACCAAGCAAAGGCCAGACAACCUGGCAGGCAGGCUAGCGGUACUGUGUUUAUGGGUGGGACGUGUGUGUGAUUGUUAUUUGAAUUGUGUUGUUGUUUAGGGAGAAAGUAACAGUAAAAUGGAAUAAUAAUAAAGGAGUUGAUAUUCUUAGA